CUCAACCUCAGUCGUCAAUGCCAUGGGAAAAAAAUAAUACUUCCAAAGCUGAACACUAUGGCAUCUAUGUGGCGAACUCCAAGAGUAAGCCCUGUUAUUUUCUCAUUUUGAACCGCACUAAAUAUUAAUAGUGUCGUGCUUGUGCAGACUCCCUGUCCUGAGCAAGGAGGGACAGGUUACCUCACACAGGCGGCGGCAUUGAAAGGCUUUAUUCUGAAUGAGGGUUUUUGCCGAAGCCUGCAUUUGACCGAUGUAUUCCCGAGACAACCCAGAAGCAAGGAGAAACACUGUUAUCAUGUCUGAGAGCCCUGAGGAGCAGCAGAGCACCGGGGUCUUGGGCCGUAUCGGGAGCUGGCUCUCUCCAUGGAAGGGAAAUGGUCCGAAGAGUCCCACUGGAAAUGCCUCCCCAACUAGCGACCAGGCUCCUAAGUCAGAGGGAGAAGAGGAGAGUGAGCGGCCUGUGAGACUCCGGGCAAAGAAUCAAGAGUGGGAGGAGGAGAAGGAACAGAGCUCCAAUCCCAAUCCACUCUUUCUCUCCAGAGACAUUUCCCCCUAUGAAGAACGGGACGCCGCACAGUCUGCCCACAGAGACGGCUUUAUUGUAAGCAGCACUGAGACAGCAGAAGGAGGUUCAAAAAAGGAGGAGUUUGUGGAGUACAGGCAGGAGAGAAAAGGGCAGAGGGAGGAGAGAAGCAACCGUUCUUCAGAGAGCGGGAAUCCUGAGAAAAAUGCCAGUCAUCUGACACAUCUCUCUUCCUCUUCUAAGCAGGGAGUGGUCCGGGACACUGAUCGAGCCCACACCCAGCCACAGGCCCAUGUAGGCAGGAAGCUCCAUGUGUACCUGGAGGAGACCGAGGUGACUCACAGCGGCAAAGAGACCUGUGCUGGACAGGAAAUUGUCCGCACCGAAGUUACAAAAAAGGACUUAACAAUCCUCCGAAAGGGGCCGUCAUCAUCAAGUUUUGAUUUGAACUCGAGUUCAAAAAGUGAAGAGAUCAAAAGGACAAAUGUGAGUCCUGCUAAAGGUGCAGAUAGAUAUUACAGUACCCUAGUGGGAGUGUCACUGAAAUCACCUAAAGACUCACAGUCAGAAGCUGAAUCUGAAGAACAAACAGAGGCCAACAGCAUGGGGCGUAAAAACGCAGCCAGAAGGAAAUUAAGACAGAACUCUCAGGGAAAUGAAGGGAACACCGCCCAGGAAAACAUGCCUCCCACUGCCCUCCCUGUCCCAGAGGGAAUCCUUACAUCAGAUAACUCAUUGACCACUCCUCAGGGCAAAGGUGCAGAGACUCACAUGGGAGAAUCAUCUGUAAACUCCUCCUCCUCCCAGCCCAACCCCACCUCUCAGGCUUCACCUGAAGGCACGGAGAGUGAGACUUCCGGCCCUGACGCCGUCAAGCAGUUGGACAACUUCCAGGACUCAAACUCAGUCAUUGCCGCCAGUCUGGCAUGUGUGGCAGAUAGGGGCUCAGACAUGGAGGACGACGACAGUCUUUACAGAGUUGAAAGGAAGACAGAGACACCAGAGUCCAAACGCAGGAGUUUAAAGGUCUCUCGAAGUGAGGUGAAGCUUUUUACAAAAAAUGUGCCUUUGGAGAAGAGUCCAGCAGGAGGCACCGAGGAAUUGAAGACAGCGGUAAAGAAAACCAAAGAUGGAGAAAAAGAUAAGCCCAACACAGAGACUGACGGCAGACAACACCAGCUGAAGAAAAUCGAUGAGGAGCCUAAGCCAGCCGCUGGCCGCAUUGCGGGUAAGAUCAACCUCUUUGAGCACCCGGCAGCGAGGGUCAACAAGCAGACCUUCCAGAGCCAGAGGAGUGCUGAUGUCUCUCCAGCUAGAACAUCCACAGAGAAGAUGAAAGAGGAAUUUGUCUCGUUAGAGAAGAGGUCAAAAUCUGCUGAACGUUACGCGAUGGCCAUGUCCGGCACUGCACCAGCCGUCAGGGAGAAGCCAAUGACGAUCAAGGAGCGAGCGAGGAACUUCACAGAGGCGUCUAAAUCCGAUGACAGGCCCGCAGUGUCUCAAAAGCCAGCAAUGACAGGAAUGUCUCAAAGAUCCUCGUCGUCUGUUGCAGGUGCUGCAUCCACAAAACUGGACAAUCAGGGUAAACUGGAUACUAAGGAGCGAAUACAGAAACAAAAGUCAGAGAUAACAUUAAAACCGGAUGGACAGGAUAGCAUUGCUGUAGGGGUAAAGAUUUCCAUUCCUAAAGAGCAACCAACAGACUCUCGAAUAAGCAACACAGGAGACUCGAAAACAGCAGAAAAGGGGAUGAAAUCCAACAGUCUGGAAACAGAUCCAACUAAGGAGACUAGUGAUUCUGCAGAACUGACCAAUAGCAUCAGCCCACAGUCCAAAAGCCCUACCAGAAUGGGCUCCAGACCUAAAAGAAAAAAAGGUAGGGAACCAGACAGUCCCAUCAGCCCAAAUGGUGAAAACAAACCAGAUUGCUCAACAAGUAAGGCAGAGCUCACCGGUAAUAAACAACAUCAGGUGGAUGAUACUGAGAAGGCCGCCUCUGCCUCUAAGACACAGGAAGUCUCAUUAGCAUCUGAAAAAGCCCAAGGAAAUACAUCAAACAAACAGUCUCUGUCUGAUACCAAAGGAACAGCUAUUAAGAAGGAGAUACUGGUGGUAGACGAACAAAAGGAAAGGUUAGCUGUCUCAGUAACAAAUGAGAAAAUUAAUAAACUAGACAACAGACAGGAGGGAUUGCCUGAACCAUCUGUCAACAAAGAUCAACCUGAUACUGCUGCUGGUCGCAGUGGAACAAAGACACCUAUUGACAAGAGUCCCGUUAUUUUACCGCGAAAGCAGGAACAGGCAGGGGCAAACAGGCUCUCAUUCACACAGAGGAAAGAAAAUGCCUCCAAGGACUGCAAAGAAACUUCAGCCUCCUCCCCCUCACCUGUGGUUGAACAACCUACUGAGAAGAUUCGUUCAAUGAAGCAAGGGCCACCUGUCGAACAUCCCAAAUUAGAAAAAGAAUUGCCAACACAAUCUGCAUCUAAAAGUGAAGGGAAAGUAAAACUUCAGAAUAAGAAAGACACAGGACCAAAACCACAACCCUUAAACAAGGACACAGAACUAAUAAAUCAGACUGCGAGUGAAGAUGUGAGGAAUUUAGAAAAGGUGGAGGGUGAAAAAAGAAAUCAGACUGAGAAGAAAAACAAAGAUAAGCCCCAGCAGCUACCGCGUCCAGAUAAAAAUACCACAAAGGCCAAGGUUUCAGACGGCAGACAAUUUAUCUCUGGCACAAAGGCGAGUGCUGCAAGGGAUGAUGAAAGAAUAAAUGCUGAGAUAAAAGAUGAGAGAAAAGUCAUAAUAAAACCAGAAAUGAUGCAACCAGAACCAGUGUCUCAGUCCUUAGAGAAGACCGGUACAUUAUUAGACCUCCCUGCUCCAAAACAACAUGUCACACACACGAAGAGUACACAUCCAGAAAAAACUGCUGUUUGUGCUGUCACCCAGACUAAUGAGGCUGUGAGUGUGACAAAGAGUGAGAAAGGGCCGUCAAAGGGGAGUCAGGCUACAUGUGAAUUACAAAAAGAGUCUCCAAAAAGUCCUGGAACAGAGACAGAGCCACAGCCUCAUUCUGUAUCUGUGGAAAAAACGGAAAAUCUACCGGAUGACUCAUGUGCACAUGGAGCUAAUGAUUCGGAGUUCUCCAGCUCAGAGUCUAUUACCAAAGCAACAACAGCAGCUGAGAAAUUGACUGUAAAAGCCGGGGAUGGCACUCCAGCGCUGAUAGCUGCACAGACACUGUCAGAGGAAAAAGCAUCUGUUAAAGAGCAUACUCCAAUUUCUCAAUCUAAAUCUGAGAGGAACAAGGGAGCAGGGCGGGUUGACGGGGAAAGCAAUUCAAAUGCCAUCUCAGUGCCUGCAGUAGUCAAAGUCUCAGAAGAUGUAAUAAAACCAGCUCGCCGCCAGCGUGAGGAUUCAAAAUCCACAGAGAGCACAAGUGAUAUUACUUCAGUCAAGGGCGCAAAGAAAAUAGCACACGGCCCCUCGGAUAGAGAGGCUUCCAGCUCCAUAGUUAAUGUGGCAGGGAACACAGCUGAGAAAACACUGCACUCACAAAGCAAUGAAGUUUCGCUUGUUGCUAACGGAGAUUAUUCCCAGCAACUCAACACUGUCGGAAAGGAACUGGUCAGUAGCAAACCGAGUCCACAGGCCGAUAAGCCAACCCCAGAUACAACCCAGUGUUCUCCCAUAAAGAAGCUCCAUUUGCCACGGGGACUAAACAGAGACGAUGCUUCAGCCCCGCAAGACGCCCCCUCUAGCUGGCUGGAUGUGGACUUCCCCAAACGGAAGCUCAAAGUCCCAGUGCCCAAACUGAGCUACUCUGGGAGUGAGAGCAAUCUGCUGGACACUUCUGGUGACCUAGAUGACGAUGAUUUCAUUGAGAAAAUCAAGAAUCUUUGCUCGCCGUUCUCUCUCCCGCCACGUAAACACAACGUACUGCGGACCCCUCAGCCGCCAUUCGCCAUGCCCGCCAUCAGGGAGGACCGCCAUGAGAAGACGUUUGACCCCGAUGAGUUUAAGUUUGGUUUGAGGAAGAAGGAUCAGUUUAGUGUCGACACAACCCCAAGCUUCUUAUCCAGGCUGCAGAACAAGGACACCAAAUCUGGCAUGAAGCCAGCCAGGGCAAGUUUGUCAGACAGGAGCAUGCUGCUGAGUAGCCUGGACAGUCGCUCUCGCCUCAGGGACAAAGAGGACAAAGAUGGGGAGGAUGUCAAGGAAGAGAAGGAGGAGCAGGUCAAGGUGAAGUCUCGCUUGGAGGGCAGCUGUGUUCUCAGCAGCCUUUCCUCCUCCAUUUUCAGAGGGAAGAGGAAUGGUGGUCAAACGCAGGUAGAUGGCACCAGCUCUGGGGAUGUGUCACCGAGCGAAGCCCCCCAGCUAAGCCCUCCACCUUUAUCCCAGCCAGGUUCAACAGCUCCACUCAGAGAUACACUGGCCCUGAGCAGCAGAGAGGAAGCCCAGGCUGUGGAGGCUGUGGUCUGUGACUCAGGCCCUCCAUUUCCCUCCUUUAACGACAUCAAGCUGCCGGAUUAUUUAGAGAAGUACCUCCCCCAAGAACCAGCAAAACAAGGAAUGGAGCAAGUCAAACCCGAGGUUAUUGGAAAAAUGCCAACCCCAGCCCGUGGAGAUGAAGCAGACUGGGCAGUGAAACUUCCCCAUGCUGUGCCUCCAUUUUCUCCGGGGAUUCCUCCAAUCACACCCCCUACACUGCCGACAAUCCCUGCUGAGCUGAAACAGCCUCCAGCUCAGCCCCGGGGAACUCUUAGUAGAAAUAUACCAACUGUCAAAGGAUUUCACAAGCGCCCUGGAAAGAUGGUGUUGUUUGAGAAAGCUCAGUUCAGUGGCCAGGCCCAUGAGAUCUUCGGGGAUGUAGCAGAUGCUACGUCUCUGCAGCUCUCACCUCUCGUCUCUGUGAUGGUUGUUAGAGGAUGCUGGGUUCUCUAUGAGAAGCCUGACUUCCAGGGACGCUGCAUCGCCUUGGAAGAGGGAGGCAUUGAAUUGACAAACAUGUGGGCAGAGCCGGGUCCGGAGACAGAGCCAGAGAACCUUCCUCCAAUGCAAAUGGGCUCCAUGCGACUGGCUGUCCGGGAUUACAGCCAGCCACAUAUUGAUCUGUUUACUGAACCAGAGGGCCAUGGCAGAGUAACACCUUACCAUGAUGAUACAAUAGAAACGGGGGCUUUUGGCGUCCCACUGAGCACUGCUUCCAUCCAAGUGCACUGUGGAGUGUGGCUGCUGUUCAGUGACCCGGGCUUUCAGGGAAUGAUCGCUGUGCUGGAGCCGGGAGCGUACCCGGUCCCUGAGGCCUGGGGCUUCCCAUCACCCUUUGUUGGAUCUCUUAGGCCACUCAAAAUGGGUGGUUUCAAAGUAGAGAAUCCAAAUGAAGUCAAGGCUGUGGUGUUUGAGAAGCCUGGCCUUGAGGGCUCCUGUUUGGAAAUUGACAGUGACGCUUUCAGCUUUUGUGAAAGUCAAGAAGACAUUGCUGCAGAUGGAGAAAACUUUGACUCAACACAACUGAAGUCUAUGGGUUCUCUAAAGAUCAUCGGAGGAUUCUGGGUGGGCUACAGCGAGCCUGGGUUUGAGGGCCAGCAGUUCAUCCUGGAGGAGGGGGAGUACCUGGACUGCAGCGACUGGGGGGGCUCAGAGCAGCUCCUGUCACUGAGACCAAUACUGGGUGAUUUCAUGUCUCCACAUCUCAAAAUGUUCAGCGACAGAGACUUCGGUAAUCUGGGCGUCAACAUUGACCUCUCAGUGCCUGUUAUUAACAUGGAGGACACAGGCUAUGGUGUGAAGACGCAGUCAGUGGAUGUCAUCAGUGGAGUCUGGGUUCUGUUUGAGGAGCUGGGCUUUUGUGGGGAGAGCUUCGUCGUGGAGAAAGGCCUGUACGGAUGCCCGGAGGACUGGGGGGCGCUCAAACCCAGAGUUGCCUCAGCAAUGCCUGUCCGGGUGGGUGACUUUGAGAAUGCAGCCAAGUUCAAGGUGCAGCUUUUCUCUGAUCCAGACUUUGAAGGCUCUGUCCUCCCUCUGGAAGACAGCGCGGCCUCCCUGCAGGACGGCGUGUCUGUGACCUCUUGUAAAGUCCUGGCUGGAAGCUGGCUGGCAUUUGAGGGCCAGGACUUCACUGGCAGGAUGUAUGUGUUGGAGGUGGGGGGCUACCCGGACCUGAGGGCGAUGGGCUGCGUCAGUGCGAGCUCCUCCAUCCUGUCACUACAGACGAUUGGCUUUGAGUUUUCCCUCCCAUCAAUCACUCUGUUUGAGCGGAGUGGGCUGUGGGGGAAGAGAGUGGUUCUGACGGAGGCAUCAGUCAACCUUCAGCUGGCUGGAGGCUGCAGCCGAGUCCAAUCUGUACUGGUGGAGGGAGGCAUGUGGAUCUUAUAUGAGGGAAUCAACUAUCGUGGUCCUCAGAUCUUGCUGAAACCUGGCGAGGUGCCAGACUUGAGAAAGUUCAGCAGCUGGCAGAAAAUUGGAUCCCUUCGCCCUCUCACACAGAAGCGAGUGCACUUCCGUUUAAGGAACAGACACUCGGGGCUCAUGAUGUCAGUGACCGGCGAUUUGGAGGAGGUCAAACUGCUGAAGAUCCAAGAAACAGAUGAGACUGAUGGAUUCGAUCAGAUCUGGUUCUACCAGGAUGGAUACCUCCACUGCAAGCUGCUGGAGGAGUGCUGCGUGGGUCCCACUGGCAGUGUGACGAUGGUAGGAAGCCGAGUGGGUCUCAGCCCACAUCCUGAAAACCAUGUCCACCUCUGGAGCAUCACCCCCGAGGGCUUCAUCCGCUACACCCCCACCUCUGAUCUGGUGCUGGAAGUCAAAGGGGGACAACACUACGACAAAAAUCAAGUGAUUUUAAAAACACUUGAUCCAAGUAAACCACAACAAAGGUGGGAUGUGGAGGUUAUAUGAAAACCUAUGAUCUCCUGGACUGUUAUAUAUUAUUAUCAUCAGAGGCUCUGUCAUGCAGCUACUCAAAGGCGAGGUACGAUCAGAGAUGUUCCCCCUCUGCAGGAGGACGACACAAGUGUCCCAUGAGGUCAACAUGGAGAGCUUUGGAUAAAUCCGUAAGAAUGUAUUACUACUCAGAGCAGAGUCUGAACUUUAAAUGCUUUGUAUUUUAAACCAAUUAUAUCCUACAACUUUUUUUCUUUUUAUCGAAUAAAUCUGUUUGCCAGAUUUUUAUUAACUGAAACAGUGUUAAAAAUGUUCUAUACCUGUAUGCAAUGUUAUGUUAUAUGUAUACUGUAUAUAUAGCACUAUUUUCCAACUGCAUGCAAUAUGACAACAAAAAAAUGUUCUCUUGCAAUGUGUCUUUUUUUUUUUGUUUAAUCAAAAUUACACUGCACAAAACCCCUGGUUUCCAGAAUAAAGUAUUUUUGUCAAAACA